AUGGCACUGAAACGAACUCGUGCUACGCUUGAGGCCGAUCUUCAGGCAGAGCAAUCCCCAUAUGCCUUCUAUGGAACCCCAUUACCACCACUCGACGAGGGAGUACGCGAUGAUGGCUCCUUUGUGCCAAUAUGGAAACAGGAAGUGAGAGAUGAACAUGGAAGCAAACGUCUCCAUGGCGCCUUCACUGGUGGAUUCAGCGCGGGGUAUUUCAACUCCGUCGGCUCAAAAGAAGGAUGGACACCUGCGACCUUUGUAUCAUCUCGCCAGAACCGUGCCAAGAAGGAGGAACAGAAACGACCUGAAGAUUUUAUGGACGCCGAUGACCUACGAGAACAAGAAGAGUCUAGACAGUUACAGACUGCCGAUGAAUUCGCCGGCUUCGGCUCAACUGAGCAAGAUGCUACACGCAGAGCAGGGCUCAUGGACAUAUUGAAAACCGGUGGAGAGACUAUGGGAGUGAAGCUAUUGAAAAAGAUGGGUUGGCGCGAAGGCCAAGGGAUCGGGCCUAAAGUGCGGCGCAAAGCCAAUCUAGACGAAAAGUCUACAACAGGCGGCGACGCCGAGGAAACGUACCUUUUUGCACCCGAAAACCCACCCAUGGUGGCUUUCAUUCGCAAGUCCGACCGUAAAGGUCUUGGGUUUGAAGGUGAAUCGCGCCUGGAAUCCCACAAACCCACAAAAUCCAUACUGGGUGGCGAGGAAUCGGACACAUUCUUUGGACAGCGUUUGGCCAUCCAAGGGAAGUCCCAGCAGUCAAAAUCGAAGGCAUCACAACGGGGAGGAUUCGGGGUUGGCCCUCUCAAUGAUACUGGGUCGGACGAUGAGGAUCCUUAUUCUCUGGGCCCCCAGAUCUCCUACAACAAAACCAUCGGAGGAGAUAAAAAGAAAAAGAAGAAGGCCAAGCCUGAACCAACAAUUGCGUCAUCUAACCCACUCCUGAAUUCAAAGCCCGUGUUCAUAUCGAAGAAGAUCGCAGCUUCACGAGGGACUGGGGGCUUCCGCAAAUGUCGCGACGGACGCCUACCACUAGAUGGAUUUGUUCUUGCUGAAGGGAUUUCGGGGCUGUCGAUCUCUGAGAAGAAAUAUGAACCUCCUGUGAUACCAGAAGACUGGAAAUCAGCCAAGGCAGUUUCAUCAGAAAAACCGGACCGAUCGAACUAUGUCUCGACAGCUGAAGCUGCAAAAGCCUCGUCGCUCAAUCCCACAUCUAGAGCAGCGCUUUUGGGCGAAGCUCAGCUGCCUGGGAAGUCUAUUUUUGAUUGGAUGACCCCUGAGGCACGAGAGAAGAUUGCCAAACUUACCGGAAACACCAAUUUACCCCCGGCGUUGGGAGAAAAGGCGCCUGAAGGAUACGAACUACCUGAAUCACAAAAACGCAAGGAUCUCUGGGACCUUGUGCCAAAACUCGAUAAGCAGAUUGCUGCCCAAGCCCUAGCUCGGGCCGUUAGUGGGUGGAUGCCUUACCAAGAGGAUGAGAGCAAGCGUGCACGCUACCGAGUGUUCCUGGAAGUCAGUGCUGGGACCAGGGCUACCCUUCCAGAACGGGUGGAUGGGUUCAGCACCGAUGACUGGGUUAUAGAGAUGCAAGAAUUUUGCCGAGCUGCCGAGGUCUUCAAACCCAUGACCGGAAUUAUGGCAUCCCGGUUCACCUCAUCAUCCUCUGCGCCUAAAGUUGCCUCUGAUGCGCCCGACUCUACGGGAUCGGGACUCACCAAACCCACGGAGAAGCCAGAAGAUCCUGCAGCGGCAGCUGCCAAAAUUGGCAUGUUUGGCCAAAUGACUCGAAGCACAAUCCCCUUUUACCCAUCUCGUCUAUUAUGCAAGCGUUUCAAUGUUAAACCACCAGCAAAUAUGCAGCGUGACCCCGAAGAACCGCCUGGUGCAUCGAGCACAGGCCCCGGUACACGCUUCGAGUCCGCUGGGUUCCAAGCUGACACUGGCCCCAAGCAAUUGGUGUCGCAAGAAAUUAUGAACCAACUUCUCAUAGACUCAUUAGGCUACCUGCCUACUGCAGAUGGGUCUGCUCCGUCCGCAAGUAGCAAGCCUGGUCAUCCAGCACCACUGGUUGUUGAGCCGGAGCGCAAUGAUGCCCUGGAGGCAGAGCGGCCUGGCGAUGCUGUUUUCAAAGCUAUCUUUGGUAGUGACGAUGAAGAUGACUAG